AUGAAAUUCGAUCUAGAAGAUAAAAAGAAGAUUAGCUUAUUAUGCGAUCUACUUAAAGCUUUUAUGAGUGGAAAGUCUAAUGUCUUAUUUAUUUGGCAUCGUAAUGAAGGAUGGGCAGUGCUAUAAAAUUAGGAAUAUUUAGAUAAUUUAGAUUGCUCAAACUUGGUCAAUUUAUGCCAUGUUAAACCACAUUUCUUCUCUCAUAUGGCACACGAAAGUCAUGAAUUCUUAUGCUUUGAACUUGAUGUUACAAACUACGUAAGAGUACUUAAAAGUAUAAAAAAGCAAAUCAAGAGAAUGAUAUGGCAUAUUUACAACAUAGAUGAAGCUCAAAAUAAAGCUUUACUCCAACUUAAUAUUAUAGUUGAUGAAGGUUAGAUGGAAGUUAAGAAAGAAAUUUUCUUAUAGUAAAGAAUGAAUCCCUAACUUUAUUUUAGCAUUUUUCGUAAUUUUAUAGAUGAUAAAACUCAAUAUCUUGAAAUUAAGUAAGUCUAUAUGAAAUAAAUGAAAGAUUUAAAGAAAAAUGAAUGUGUUUACUUUAAGUUCUAUAACGAUUACGUCAGCGCUUAUAAUAAUGAAGAUGAAAAUAAUAUAAGCAUCAAAAAAACAGCUCUUGAAAAAUAUGAUUAUCACUCUCUAAUUAGUAAUAUGAGUGGAAAGAAUCGUCUGACUAUUCCUCCUAAUUUCCUAGUCCCUUAAGUCAUGAUGGGUAUUAAACUUAAGGAUCCCAUUUAACUUUUUAUUGGCAAUGAUAUAGUUGAUGAUUGCAUUUCUGUCUCUCUUAGAACAAAAAAUGAAUCUUUUACUUUUAUUUCCCAAUUCAAAUCAAUUAUGGAACAGGACGAAGAAGAUUAUAACAAGCAAAACCCAUUUGAUGCUCAAAGAUAACAGGUAUAAAUGCAGCAAUAAAUAUACCUAAAUGAAAGCACUACAGUCAUUUAAUAACCUAAAAUUUCAAGAAGCAAUAAUUAAAAUGCUUAUUAAGCUAAUGCUGUACCAAAUCGUUUUGAUGAUUCUCAAUAAUAAGAGACAUAUGCUGUUAAUUAAAGAAGAUAAAUUCCAUACUAAGAAAAUAGCGACUUCUAAAACCCUUUAAAUAGCUAUGGUAGCAUUUAAAGUCACAUCAAUGGGUUGACAAAUAAUAUGCAUUUAAUAGAUAAUUAUAAUGAUUAAAUGGAAGCAGAGUAAGAACUUCCAAUUUAAAAUAACAUUUAUAGAAGAAAUGAAGAUUACUAAUAGUAAUAAGUAUUUAAAAAACCCUAAGCACCUGUCAACAACAAUUCUUCUUUAAAAGCAAAUAAAAAAAAGAUUAACAUUAACUAAGAAAUGGAACAUUAACAACACCUACAUAAUAAUUUAAAUAACAGUUUUGCAUAAUCUAAUCAAAUAUACAGUAUCGCUUCUUCUUAGUAAAGCAAUCAUAACUAUGUUAAUGAAAGUUUUCUCAACAAAAGAAAGAGUGAUUAAGCAAACAUAACAGCAGACUUCUCAAAUUUUAAUUACUUCAAAGAAAACGCAACCAAACGCAUCAAGGAAUCUAACUAUGUUGAAAAUCAUUAACUUCCUUACUAUAAUUAAUAAUAAAAUAUGAAUGUUUAAAAAUAAUAAAAUCCUAACAUAAACAGAAACUAAUUCAUUAAUCCUCUUGUUUCUCAAGACAAACAAUAAAAUUAAUUUUCAAUUUAGCUUAACCAAAAUAAAAAUGAAGAUGACUUCACUAUUUUUAAACCUAAUCCUUAAAGUGGGGCACAACUGUAAAUUUAGAGGAAUUAAAAAAAUUCAUACAUUAUAAAUCAACCAACUUCAUCUAAAACCAAAUUUGACAAGUAACUAUUUUGA